CUUAAUAUUAACAUCCUCCACUGAGUUCAGACUCAUUUCACUCAAGUGUACUUUCUGAGGUAGAGGCUUGCAGGAUCAUCAGAUCAUUUCCAUGAAUUCCUCAUCUAAUGGUUUAAGUGUGUCAAGUGUACAGAGUUAUCGAGACUCUUUCAGCACAUCUGUGGUCAAAAAUGUGAUCAUUCUGGCUCUUGGCCUCAUCAUCAACUAUAUCAAUGGCACCCUUAUUCACACCUUCAGAAAACACCAGAUAUUUUAUAUGAAUCCUCGUUACAUCCUAUUCAUCCACCUGGUGGUGAACGAUAUGAUCCAGCUCACUACAACAAUCAGCCUGUUUGUCUUAAGUUACAUCUUCUACCAAAUUAAUGUUUCCCUGUGUUGCCUCAUUAUAACUUUAGCUGUCUUCACCACCCUCAACACUCCUUUAAAUUUAGCUGUCAUGGCAGUGGAGUGCUACAUUGCUAUUUGUUUACCGCUGCGACACAAUCAGUUGUGUACCAUCAAAAGAACAUAUAUUGUGAUUGGUUGGAUUUGGGCCAUGAGUGCAGCCUCAACCCUACCAGAUGUGUGUAUUAUUCUGGCAACAGAGCCUUUACAGUUCUUUUAUUCCACAAUUUUUUGUGAAAGGGAUAAUGUGUUCCGGCACCCUAUACAUAUGAAAAAGAGGGAUAUAUCCUACAUAAUCUACCUAAUUUGUGUUUGGCUCACUCUCUUCUACACUUACUUCAAGAUCUUCUUUGCUGCUAAAGAAGCUAAAGCAGCUAAAUCAUCUGGUGGAGACGCAAAGAAGGCCAGGAAUACAAUCCUGCUCCAUGGCUUUCAGCUACUGUUGUGUAUGCUAACCUAUAUUGCCCCUAUGUUAAAAAGCACUCUGGUGUACUGGUUUCCUACACAUUAUGUAAAUGUAGUCUUUGUUUGUUAUAUUAUCAUCCAGAUCCUUCCCCGGUUUCUCAGUCCCAUUGUGUACGGGCUACGAGACAAGACAUUUAGGCAGCAUCUGAAAAAGUAUCUGCUGUGUACAGUGAGAGCAAGCAUCAAACCAUGGACUGAAGCAAAACAAAGUUAGAUCCUUGAACAAAAAAGUUGUUAUGACUUUUUAAACUUAACUCAUCUAGAUCAUGUUAAUCCUAUUGGACGGCGACCCAUCCAAUAGUUGUCGAGAUAUUUCAUUCUGAACCAUACUUUAACUUGAAAAGCCAGGGGCUCAACCUGGCAGGUUAUAGGUACCAAAUUACAUAAAUUCAUCCAUUAGUCUCAACUAUUUUGCAAAAAUCGCUAAAGUAAACAUCAUGGUGGAGCUAUA